AUGAGCUCGUUCUUCAAGAAGCCAGCAUGGGCGCAGGCAAAGACGCCUGCGAAGCCAACAGACUUCUAUCGCCGCUCCAACCAGGUAUACUCUGACUUUGUCGCUACGGCGCAGGAUGACGAGGAUAGCGAGGACGAGACAAUCGAAAAACCUGAGACCAAGUAUAAGACAAACGACUCGAAGAGACGACGUAUCUCUACCGAGGAUGAGCCAGCAGUUAUUUCAAGCUCAGAGUCAAGGGGCAAGACACCGGCUCAACUAGAUACAAACGGCGCGACAGCAAAGGAUCCUACGCCAAAACUAGAGCCUACACCAAAGACAGAGCCUACGACUAGCAGAACACCACCAAGGACCUCUCAAGUUGCGCGUACGAGCCCAAGAAGACUCAACCCGAGAAAGUCGCCAUUGAAAUCGGCAUCACCACCUAGCAAUGUCAUUCGCCUUAGCUCGGAAUCACCUCCCCCUCCAGCUGCGCGGGUACCCCCAACUAUCGUAUUAAAGGACGACACAGACUCGGAUAAUGAUGGUGAUAAGGACGACGAAUCGGAUGAAGAAUGUGCAGAACUAGUCCGACGAGCUCGUGAAAGAGCGCGCAAUCGCGCUGCAGAGGCGGAGAGCAAGUCCAAAUCUCCUACUAGCAAGGAUACUGCACAGCUGGGGCAGCCAAGUAACAAGACUGGAAGCCCUUCAAAACCCGCGACGGCUCCAAAGUCCCCCAAGGCAGAAAUAGACACAGUUGUGACGAUCCUUAUUACAUCCGAAAUAGAAAAUACUAAACCACUACUUGUCCGUCGGAAGUUGGCCCAGAAUCUAGGGGAAGUGCGAAAAGCAUGGUGCAGUCACCAAAAGUUCGGAGAGGAAAUGUCGGACUCAAUCAUCUUAACUUGGAAGGGAAGACGGUUAUUUGACGCAACUACAUGCAAGGCCCUCGGGAUUAACGAAUCUGAAAAUAACGAUAACACCAUGUUCCCUGCAUCUGAUGACGGGCCUUUCGGAUCGGAGGAGGGAACCGCAGGUGUCCACAUGCAGGCUAUGACAUCAGACUCCUUCGAGGCUGAAAGACGUCGGAUAGCGAAAUCGCUUCAAGAUCACGGCAGAGAAUCAAGCGAGGAUGAACCAAAGGUGCAAGCACCAGAGGGAGAUAUCGUUCGUAUCACCCUGAAAAACCCGGAUCUGGGCGAUUUCAAGAUUAAGGUCCGGCCCUCAACGCGAAUAAACAAUAUCAUCAAUAAAUUCCGGGAGAUGAAGAGCGUACCUGCGGACAAGUCUGUUUCGUUCUUCUUCGAUGGAGAUCGAUUGGGUCCAGAGUCGUUAAUUGGGGACAACGAUAUUGAUGAUCUGGAUUGUAUUGAUGUAGUUUUGAAAUAG